AAAAAAAAAUUAGAUUUAAUUUUUCUGGAUAAAAGGGUCAAUUCUGGAUGUUUGGAGAUGAAACUGUUCUAAAUAAAUACAGAGAAAAAGCGAACAAAGCAUUUAUUUUGAGUCGAAAUGAGGAGAAAAAUUACCUGAGCCAAGAAGAAGAGAUGCAAGUUUUAGGAUACUUUGAGGCUAAACUAGCUGAGUUCUGCACUAAGUUCAAGCCACCAAUGCCAAAAGCCGUUAAGGGUACAGCGUUUCAUUAUUUUAAGCGUUUCUACCUGAAGAAUUCUAUAAUGGAUUAUCACCCUAAGGAGAUUCUGGUCACAUCAGUUUAUCUAGCAACUAAAGUUGAAGAAUUCAAUGUAUCUAUAACCCAGUUUGUUGCGAAUGUACAGGGAAACCAAGAAAGAGCCACAAAGAUUAUUUUAAACAACGAACUUCUUCUGCUUAAAGAACUUAACUUCAAUCUCACAAUUCAUAAUCCUUUCAGGGCCGUAGAAGGACUCCUUAUUGACUUGAAAACAAGAUGUAGUUAUUUGGAAAACGUUGAUUCAUUUAGACCUGAUAUUGAUACAUUCCUAGAUCAGGUUUUCCUGACUGAUGCUGUCCUUAUCUAUGCCCCCGCACAGAUCGCUCUGGCCGCCAUUAUCCACGCGGCAUCCAGGCAGAAACAGAAUCUAGACAGCUAUGUAACAGACCUGCUGUUCAAGGGGCAGGGAACCAAUGCCAUCAGAACCAUUGUCACAUGCGUCAGACAGAUCCGGAUUCUAGUAAAGGAAGUGAAAGAGCCAGUUAAAGGAAUCAAAGCUCUUUGUGAGAAGCUUGAAGCCUGCAGAAACCAGGACAAUAACCCUGAUAGUGCUGCGUAUAAGCGUAAACUAGAAGAACUAAUUGAUGAAGAUGAUGCGCUACUCGAGGAACCUGUGGCAAAAUCUUUCAGGAUGGAUUCGGAUAUAGGAGUAAAGGUGUUAUCCCCUGGAGCAAACUAAAUCAUCAAUCAAAUAUUAAGAAAGAACCGUAUUCUCAUCAACUAUGAUCUUCUACUAGUAUUCUUUUAUUUAUUAUAGUAUAAGAAAUUGUUCAAUGUUCACCUGUUUGUAAACAAAAUAAUCUGAGUUUUAGAAAUUGAAUCAAAAUGUUCUCACGGGUUAGAUUGAUCAACAUUAUCUGUUGAAAUCGCGUCCACGGUUGUAUAAGCUGAGCAAUGCUCCUAAUUUUUAAAAUUCGGAUAUAUUGAGUAUUUAAACUGGUAAAUAAUACCUUUAAACGUGAUACUUUGAUACCAAUUUGACUUUCGUAUUUAUUAAUGAAUAAUUAUUUCAGAAAA